GUCCGCCGCGUCGUCGACGUAUAAAAAUUCUUUCGUUUCAAUUCGAUUCCCGUCCCGACGAAGCAAACUGUACGUGCGUGUCGAAAAAGUGCGAAAUAAUUGUUGAUAGCAAAGGUGCCACAGGAAGGAAGCAGUGGUUCUUGCGAGGCAAUUGUUGUUUGUGCGACUCGCUGUGUAGUGUUGACGCUUUAUCUGCGGAAAGGUCAUUAUCGAUGAAAUUUUUCGCCACUGCUCCAACAAGCUUGGUGAGAUGAUAGCGACAAGUGAAACCGUGAAAGGAUAACGAGAGCAGGCAUCGAGAAGUGUAAUCUAGGGCGAACGCAAGCGAAAAGCGCUGAAGACAAGUGGAGUUUGUGGGCAUCCGGAGCCACAACAAAGCCAAGUGACAGCUUGUUCGCAACCAAAGCCCAGGAAAGCAGUGCCGUUGUUUUGUGAAGCAACCACCGCGACCGACACUCCACGAGCCUACAGUGCCGAUCUAGUGCCACCCGAUUGUCCACGCGCUCCCAUCCGUCGAGAGACACACACACGGAUCGGGAACCAGAAAAAACGAAUUUGAGUGUAGUACAAUUCCCCGCGCGCGCUUCGGAUUCCAUCUCUCGUUGCGAUUCGUCGAAGCGCGAAUAUAUCGGUCGUCGGUAGGGCGAUUCGGACGUUGUCGCUACCAGCAGUAGCAACAGCAGCAGGGGCAAAACACAACACGGUGCACAGAAACGCGACAACCCUUCCCGGACAUUCUUCCCCCGAAACCAGCCCCGUUGGGAAAACGGAUUGCACAUCGUCACCACAGGCGAGCCUUUUUGCAGCGGCUUCCUCGGUACGCCAAGCGCGUACCAACGGAUCCCUUUUCCUACGCAUACGCACGCGCCGAGGGCGCCUCGGGUAGGGCGAUUCGAGGGACAAAAAUUUCCACCGGGUGUGGCGGUGGCAGGAAGCGAUUGGCAGACAAGCGCACAGGAACUCCAAUAUAUCCCAUCGUCGUUGUCGACGUCGGUGUCAUCAUCGUCGUUGCUCGUUUUUCUCGUGCACAAGGACCGAGGACGGAAAGGAAAUUUCGUCGAAAAUAUCCGCCCGUGACUUUCGGCUGCUGCGCUGGUGCUACAUAAUCACAUUCGCUCUGCAUUCGGGUGAAUCUUGUGUGGUUUUCGGUCUGUCGUCAUCCUCGUUUGUCCCGUAAAUCGGUCGAAGCGACAAACGUACACACAUACCUCCACCUACUAGGAACACAGUCGUCCUUCGCAUUUUUACUGUCCUUGCUGUGAAACCUACUUUCCACGACCGCCACCAGCAGCAGCAACAACACCGCUUCGCAGGAGUAGUCGCUGCUUUCGAUGGAUACAGAUAUUCCGGAACUUUCGGAUGAAGCUGAGGAACACGUUAAACUAGAGAACGGCGAUGAGGUGGCACUUCCUCCUCGCACACGCCUGGUAACAACGGCCGACGUUCAGCAGGGCAACACACAGGUGGUACAAGUACCAGUCUCCCUACCGGUCGGCACACUGAUCGGUGGCGCUACCUUUAACGUGCUCACCUCGGACCAGAUACAGCACUUCAAACCGAUGAUAUGCGUCGACAACAACGGGUUCGUCUCGAGCAGCACGGUCGUCGGUGACCUGGGCGGUGAGCUGAAGCAAACGCAUAUCGUCAUCCAGCAGCAGAGCACCGGCGACUCACAGCAGGAUGACGUGCUCGACGGUAACCAAUCGCAGAACAACUCCCAGCAGGGCUCGACCCAGGAGUACCGCGUCGAAAGCAACAGUGCCCUGGCGAGCCACCUGGCCAACGUGGAGGUGCUCCAGGUGCGCUGCAAAACGACGACCGGUGAGCUGUACAAGAGUCGGCUCGGUUCGGGCGGCCGGGGGAAGUGCAUCAAGCAUAAGGAUGUCUGGUACACGCCGAGCGAAUUCGAGAACAUUUGCGGGCGCGGCUCGAGCAAAGACUGGAAGCGCUCGAUACGGUACGGAGGGCGCAGCUUGCAGACGCUCAUCGACGAGGGCAUCCUGACGCCGCACGCCACCAGCUGCACCUGUUCGGCGUGCUGUGACGACGAGUCCGGAGAAACUGCGACUGGACCUGUCCGAUUGUUUACCCCCUACAAACGGCGGCGAAGGAAUCAAGCCGAGCCCGAACUGGUUGUGCUCGAGCAGAAAAAAAAGCGGAUCAUUGUGACCAGCGGCAACAGUACGACCACGACCGGAGGUUCGUCGAACGCCACAAAUACAUCCGCCUCGAAUGCCGCCAAUAACGGUACCAACAACAACAACGCCAUUAUAAGUAACAGUACCAACAGUUCCGCGACCACUACUGUCACCAGUGUGGUCAACAAUUCCGGUAUCGCCCAGCAUCAGCAGCAGCAGCAGCAACAACAACAGCAACACCAGCAGGUUGCGGUGCAAGCCGCUCAGGUGCACGCGACGAGACAGCAGUUGCAUCAAGCGACCAUUAAUGCGACACCGAUUAUAACCAACAAUACAAGCACCACAACGACCACCACAACCGUCAAGGUUGUUCAGCAGCAGCAGGAGCAGCAGGAUCUGCAGAACGAGCUGGCCAUCACGACCAAAGAGGAACCGUGGCAGACGCUAACGGAAGGCAUCGAAAGUGCGACGGAGUACGUGGACCAAACAGCGCAGAUACUAACCGAGAACAAUCUGCCGUUCGAGAAGCUGAAAACAUUCUGCUCCCAACUUACCAAGCUGGCGCAGGAGAUGCGAAAAUCCGUCGUCGAAACGCAGGAGUUUUACAAUCGUCAGAUCGACUGCAUGCAGCGGGAACGGGACGCUGCAAUACUGACCGUAACGCAGCUCGAGCAAGAGCAGAACAUCAACAGCAACUGUAUUCCGCCCGGAUCCAUCCACGCUAAUAAGAAGUGCGCCAACUGCAACCGUGAAGCCCUGGCCGAGUGUUCGCUGUGCCGCCGGACGCCCUACUGCUCGACGUUCUGUCAGCGGAAAGACUGGAUAACGCAUCAGAACGAGUGCGCCCGCAGCAACCAGGAACCGACGCACCAGAUCAUGCUUAUAGUGGAUGAAACGCAAUAGCCUUUAAUGUUCUAAUCGGGCCAUCCCACCCCCUCCGGGCGGGAAGAGCUGAUCGAAGCGGGAAUCCACCGCCCCGGCAAUUAACACCCCAACAAACCGAUCAGUUCGGCUCCGAUGACGAACACAUAAUAGGAACAAAUGAAACGAAACUGAACAAAAACAAAAAAACACAACUCACGCCACAAACAAACCUUUGCUUCAGUGGAACACUGCGAUGGUUUCCUGUGAGAGUGCAUCAAAGAGAAGGCGGUGGAAAAGGAAACUAUCGACAGUGGAACAAACCGCUAAGGAACAAGUCCCAAAUCGAAGCAGGCCCGGAAUUUACAGUGCCGGACAAUCGUUUAGCUGCAUCUCUCGCUGAAGCCUUUCAAUGUGGAAGGGUGCGUUAAAUGAUUUGGCUCCUCACUGUAGUUUAUUUGCUUUGCUUUUUAUAUUGUUUUUUCUUCUUUUAAGCAUCAGAUUAGAUUCAUUUAAUUUGGAGGAUUUGUUUAGUACAUUGUGUACUAAAUAUACAACUGCAUCAGUCAAUAUGAUUGUACAUUGUGGAGCUGAAUCGGUUUCCUUCAGUUAGGCAAAGUAAAAGUGAAUAGAGUAUAUAUGAGGGAUUAAAAGACUUACUUACCACCCGAUAAAGUAAUGCGGACUCACAAAACAUCUGCAGCCCCCGUGAAAACCGUAACCUCUCUCAGAACCCAUGCCCCGCGUCGUGGUAAUGUUUAUAUAGGUAAAAGGAAGAAACUUAAUUGUGUAUGAAGACGACCAUCUUUUGUUUUAAAUAAUUAAUAAUAUUUUGUAUAUAGUUAGAUAUUUGUUAUUUUAGAUAAAUUUAACCCAUUAAACCUAUUUAAGUAGAACGGUUUCCUUUUACUUUCCGUUUUCCUUGGCAGUAUGGGGUUCGCAAACGUAGAAAAAUAUGUUUUUUUUAAAGCACUACUUAUUUUUCUGUUGUAAGAAUGUAACAUGGAGUUGUUGUGCAUCGUUUUAUAGCUACAACUACAUUGUACUGGACUGCUGUCGAAGUUAGUAGGUUUAGUGGGGGCCAACAUGCUCGCCCGCUGUAAGGCCUGGGCGAAGGAAAUACAUCAUCCGUCUAAUGGCAUCUGGUUAGAAUCAGGCCGCUCUUCUGUCUGCGUCGAAUCGGAAGUGUAUUUGUAAAAUCACAGUGUGAGUUUAGGACAAGAUGAAUACCGUGUUCAAGAAAAAAGCAGAAUACGCUAUUAACUGAAUUUAUUUUUUCUUGUUAUUUCAAUUUCCUUGUCAUGAACGUUUGUUAUUAUCUUCUGUUGUUUUCUCUCUAAUGCUUUCAUGCUAUUUCAUAUUUGCUUUCAAAGUUGAUUUUAUCGAAAAACAGACAAUUACAAAACAAAUUGUCAGUCAUACUACCUUCUUUUUUGUUGGUUAUUUUCUAAUUACAAUUAUUUAUCGGGAAGAAUCAUUCAUAUUUAUGAAUAUACACCUGGUUCUGUUACUGUGUAACAGAGCUUAAUUAAAAACUUGUGCAAAUUAUGUAAUGCUCGAUGGAUUAUCAAUUUGAGGUAGGAUGGAACACACGAUAUGAUCAUUAGAUUUUACCUUCUCGGAGUGUUAUUUAAUCUUGUGUCAGCACACUUUUACAGCAGCAUGGUAUAGCCGGCUAGCGUUGAAUUUACAUCAUCACGUAACAACUUGAGGAAAAGUAGAACCUAUUCACGAUCACUCGUAAAUGCUGGAAGGUGUGAAAAGUUGACGAAAAAUUUCAGAAAAAAGAGUGUGCUAAAUUCAAAAAUUCAUUAUCCAUCGCAUCGAAAGCAUAUUAUAAACUAUAUAGGAUUGCACUAAAGCGAGUCGAUCAGGCGAUACAAUGAUGUAAGAUAUAAUCAAUUCAAACAAUUAACUCAUAUUUUGGGUAGAUGUGUCAAUGUACUAGAUUCUAAAAAUAUUUCAUUUUGGUUGUGUAGAAAGGGUAACGAUUAAAAAACACACACAUCGGAGAUUGCACCAAGAAUGGGGGAAGACAACAUGCGUAUCGAAUCACAAAAAGGAACCAAACAAAAUUAAAAAUGAAAGAAAUUUGUAGUUGAAAUUUUAUCUGUGGUGAUCCAUUCGUUUUGAAAUAUUUGAAAUCAUAUUUGUACGUACCUUUGAGUAAUUAGUCGCAUUAUCCAUGCACAGCGACCGCGAUAAAUUAAUUUACAAGCAUGUAAAUCUAAUGAGGCAAGAAAUGUAAAACAUGAAUCAUAGCGGAAUGAACGAAGGCAUCAUAAUUUAAAUUAACCUAAAUAGCCCUUGUAGGUAACGCGCGACAAGGAUCGAUCGUUUCGAUAAGUCAUUCAUUCGAUUGGUUCUUAAUCUGGACGAGUUUCUCGCGAGCCGAAUAGAGGCUAUGCGUGAAACGAAACGAUUUUAUACAAUGAAUGCAAAUACGAAGUGAAAGACUAAUGGAAUAGAGAUGAACGGCGCGAUUCGAAGUAGAUGUAUUGUGGAUCCCGAAACACGUUAGCUAAAUACAGGUACUGGACUAGAGAUUACUUGUGUAUUGUAAAGAAAAAUAAAUCUUCACUGCAGACA